CCCCCUGCUGCUUUGCACCCCGCUUUUUUCUGCAUUUCGGUAGGGUUUUGUAGCCGUCUGUUUUGGCGCCCCUUUUCUGUUUGCUUAUAGACGGUUUUGGGGGGUGAACUGCAUUCGCACCCCUUCCCCUGUUUGCUGCUCAGACAGCCCCCCUUUUUAUCCUGGUCGGGGGGCCUAGGAUUGGUGCAUCCUCCUGCCGCUCUGCCAGCACCUCGCAGCGUGUGGCCCUGCACCUCCAAAUUUGCAGCAGCUGCAUAUCUGAGGAGGGUCUUCCUCGCUCCUACCACCUUUGCUUCCCGCGCGUUUCGGUGCGUGGAGAGCUUCAGCGCGCGGCGCCCCCGCUUCUCCGCAGCCCCCCACCCCACGCCGGGACUCGCCCCGCGCCGCCAAGAUGGUCAUCCAGAAAGAGAAGAAGAGCUGCGGGCAGGUGGUUGAGGAGUGGAAGGAGUUCGUGUGGAACCCGAGGACGCACCAGUUCAUGGGCCGAACGGGGACCAGCUGGGCCUUUAUCCUCCUCUUCUACCUCGUCUUCUACGGCUUCCUCACGGCCAUGUUCUCCCUCACCAUGUGGGUGAUGCUGCAGACUGUCUCUGACCAUACCCCCAAAUACCAGGACCGACUCGCCACACCAGGCUUGAUGAUUCGCCCCAAGACUGAGAACCUUGAUGUUGUUGUCAACAUCAGUGACACUGAAAGCUGGGACCAGCAUGUUCAGAAGCUCAACAAGUUCUUGGAACCUUACAACGACUCCAUCCAAGCCCAGAAGAAUGAUGUCUGCCGCCCUGGGCGCUAUUAUGAACAGCCCGAUAACGGUGUCCUCAACUACCCUAAACGUGCCUGCCAAUUCAACCGGACCCAGCUAGGCAACUGCUCUGGCAUCGGGGACCCCACUCACUAUGGUUACAGCACUGGACAGCCCUGUGUCUUCAUCAAGAUGAAUCGAGUCAUCAACUUCUAUGCAGGAGCAAACCAGAGCAUGAAUGUUACCUGUGUUGGAAAGCGAGAUGAAGAUGCUGAGAAUCUUGGCAGCUUUGUCAUGUUCCCUGCCAACGGCAACAUCGACCUCAUGUACUUCCCUUACUACGGCAAAAAGUUCCACGUGAACUACACGCAGCCCCUGGUGGCCGUGAAGUUCCUGAAUGUGACCCCCAAUGUGGAGGUGAAUGUGGAAUGUCGCAUCAACGCCGCCAACAUCGCCACGGACGAUGAGCGAGACAAGUUCGCUGGCCGCGUGGCCUUCAAACUCCGCAUCAACAAAACCUGAGGCCCCUUCCUCCUGCCCCCACCUCUCUCCUGUGGAUGCUUCUGGAAUGUCCCUGACCCUGCCUGAUCCCUCCCUCACUCACCCCAAAGGUAUUUUUUAUAACAGAGCUAUGACUUGUCUGAGCCUCACGCCCUUUUCCUUGACUUCUCAACCCAGCCUGAUGGCCAUCGUGGUUCCCUGGCUCUGUGCAUUUCCCACCCUCUUCUCCCAUCCUUAGUGCAGCCAGAGACAGGGAGAUGGGCUCCCAAGAUGGGCCCCGAGAAGCUAGGAGCCUUCCCAGUUCUGGUGUGGCUGUGAGUGGGAAGACCCCACAGCCACCACCUCUCCUGCCCUCCAUCUGCCUGCCUGUGCACACGCAUGUGUGCACACGCUCACACGCCUUGUUUCCCUGCUUCACUCCCCAGAGAUACCUGUGGUACUCCCUUAAGCACUGCUGCUGUACCUUUGUCUAUCUCUCACACUUUCUUUUGCGUCUGCAUAGUCGCCAUCUUGCUGGCUUUUGACUUGGCUCCUCUGGCAGAUUUUUCCUCAACUCCUUUCUAUCCCUGUUCCCCCUGUGAAGGGCAGCUGUUUGUAAUCGAGGACAAGGUAGUUCUCUGGCCUUUCUCCUCUUUCCUCUCACCCUGUGGUGGUUCCUUGAGCUAGGGAAGGAGGUACUGGAAAAGAAGUCCAUGUUGAUUGUUCUGGAAAGUUCUCUAGCUGCACUGACUCCAAUUCCUUCCUGGUCCCUCCUAUCACCCAAAUAGCCACUACUGAGAGGCGGGGUUGACCUAGGCUGAAUAUCCACUUUGUUUUUACCGAUGGCUCCCUUCCCCCAUUUGCCUUCCCAGAAUAUCCUUCAAGUUCCACUUCCCAGGGAGCUCUGGGGGAGGGGCAGCCACUUUGGCUCUGUCCCCAGUGGCCACCUUGGAAACAUCAGCUGGCUGUGGGACUAUUCCACCUCCUUCCCUGGCCCAGAACUGCCCCCAUGGGCCCCCACCAUCCUUUCUCUGGCUUCUCUUAGCAAGUUAUCAACUAAUCACUAAUUCCGUCCCUUUCCUCCGCAUGCCAGCCUGAAAGUUUCACAUACCCUCAGUCUAGGCUCUGAAUUUCUUGGCUCCUCAGUCCCUGCCUUUGCCUUUAAAACAAAACAAAACAAAACCAAUCCCUUCAUAGGAUGUUACACGAGGGGCCUCCUCCUUGAGUGUUCUUUAGCUCUAGAGGCAUUUUAACCCUCCUCUGGUGUCCCUUCACUUCUUCGCCUUCUGGACCUUUCCUUUUGUAAUGCUGCAGCCUCCACACACCACCCACAGAUGGACCCUUCCCUUUUUCUCCUGCUGGAUCCAUGUCUCUUCCCCUAGGGUCCCCAUUUUUUCCUGCACCUCCUCUCUCCUCCCAGUGGUCUCUCUCUGCAGUUAUUUAAUGCCUGUGUCAGAUCUACUGUGAAAAGAGGAUAAAGCGCAAUAAAAUAAGAGCAAUUAUAUAUAUAAAUAUAUAUCAUACACAGA